AACUUCAAACCUCAAGUAGUUUCAAGAUCUACCAAGGUGUACAGUACGUCCGCGGGCGAGUUCGGAUACUUUUAAUCUCGAUCUAAAUUGUUUUCCAAUAUAAUUGCUAAAUGCAGACAAAAGUGAACGCGGAGGACGGGAAAGCUGAAUCUGAACAAAACGGCAAAAGUGAAGGAGUCGUGUGUUUCACCUCAGGUCCUGAUCAAAACGCAGCUGUCGAUAUGAAAACCGUCAACGCGGAUACUGGCGAAACCCAAGGGUCUGAGGAAAUCCAUUCAGGUCCCAGAAUUACCAAAUCGUUUUUAAGAGAUCACUGCAAGAAAAACAAACUGUACCUGACUCCAAGGUUGAACGACACACUUUAUCUACACUACAAAGGUUUUUCCUGUAUUGAGGGUUUGGAGGAAUACACAGGACUGCGUUGCUUGUGGCUGGAAUGUAAUGGAAUUCAGUCGAUUGAGAAUCUGGAGCAUCAGAUGGAGCUUCGCUGCCUGUUCCUCCAUCAAAACCUCAUUCACACACUGGAAAACCUGGAACCACUAAGCAAGCUCUGCACACUCAAUGUCUCACACAAUUAUAUCAAAGUCAUUCAGAACAUAUCAUGCUUGAGUGAGCUGUCCACACUGCAGAUCUCCCAUAAUGCUCUGGAGAAUGUUUGUGACAUGGAGGAGCUGUCCCGCUGUCCAUCCAUCAGUGUUCUUGAUCUUUCACACAACCGCAUCAAAGAUCCAGCCAUCAUUAGUAUUCUAGAGAGGAUGCCUGAAUUGCGUGUGCUAAAUUUAAUGGGUAAUGAAGUCAUCAAAAAAAUACCAAACUACAGGAAGACUAUGAUCGUACGUCUAAAGCAGCUGACCUAUCUUGAUGACCGGCCUGUGUUCCCAAAAGACAGAGCUUGUGCAGAGGCAUGGGCAACUAUUGGUUUGGAAGCUGAGCGACAGGAGAGGGAAUUGUGGCAAAGCAGAGAGAGAAGGAAAGUUCAAGAGAGUUUGGAUGCAAUGGCUGCUAUCAAAGAGAAUGCACUCAAACGGCAGCAAGCUCAAGAGUUUUCAGAAAAAGGCAAACACAUAUUUCUGUUUACUUAUUCAUUUCUUUCUUGCUGACAGACAAUUUCAUUCUAAUUUUACGGUUUACCUACAGAAAACACAGAGCCUCAAAAUCCUGCUAUUGAUGAUCUGAUCUCUGAAAACGACAUUCAUAAACCUCCAUCAGAAAAUGCACCUGCAGAGAGUGACACGUCAAAUUUGGUAUGUGAACAAACUGAUUCACCAGCAUCAGAGUUGAAUUACAUUAAUAGCUUGACCACUGAUGAGGAGCAUAGUGUCCAAACAACAUUUGAGGAAAUUCAUUCUGAUCACUCAAAACCAAGGAGGCAACAUAUUGACAUCUCAGCUUCAGAACAGGUUCUGCAACCAACAUUAUACCUGGACCAGACUGGCAGGUCAGUAACAUCAGAACUUAACACGAAAACAGGGGAAAACAAGGCGACUUUUCAUUCCCCAGAAGAGAAGCACCAGAAAGGGUGCAGUGCUUACGCAAAACCAUCAGAGUCUAACACUUCAAUCACUGGUCCUGGUGCCCUCAUCACUGAACUGAUUUCUGAAGAUGAAAUAGAGACUGUCAACCUGUCAGAUGGCUUGUUAACAAUUGAUGAUCUUCCAGACCUGGAAGAUGUAGAAAAUACUUUGAUGAUCCCAACAACAGGUGCACAGAGUGUGUUGCAUCCUAUGAUUGAGGUCAUUUCUGGUGAUGACACAGAAUCAGAAGCUGUAAAUAUGUAUCACCGGGCUCAUUUUGAAGAACCGGACCCUAACCAAUCACAGCUGCUUAUUAGUGUUGUUUCCUCUAGGAGCUCAUCAGUUAGGCAGCAAAGCACUGUCUUUAUGCAACCGCAAGGUGACUCUUUUCUUCCAAAGGCAAAAGAAAACAAAACCACUGUCCUAAUUGAGGAACUUGAUUGAAUGUUUAUGGCUGAAUAAUGAACUAAUACAUGAGACCA